AUGCUUGUCGCCGGCAAAGCUCGCCUCAUAACUGUCACAGGGCUGUUGGUAGUGGGCUUCAUUGCCAUCAUCACACUCUCCUACAAUCCCUCCUUCACAGACUCAUCGUCACAGUAUCUCAAGAAAUGGACACACCUCCACAAUGAGGAGCAAGGCUGGCUAGGACCCGCGACUCCCGUGCCUACACAGAAGCAGCCGGGGCAGUCAAGCAGCGAGAAGCAGGAGACGAUCCCUUUCAACCCAGCAGCGCCGAAGGCGGACAACGAGUUGCCGUCAACGAACCCGAAUCCGUUUGCUGCGGUGGACAAGUUUACGGGUCAAGAGACGAAGCAGGAGCACAAGGCACCAUACGGCGGGAGUGACCAUGCACCACCCAGCACAGGAGCAGUGCCUGCUGGCCUGCCUACAGAGGUCCAUGGCGAUCCAUUACACCCGAGCGAUGUACCCGAUAUCUCCAAGUGGCACGAGAUCCGGUCCCAGAGUGUGCCGCAGGGCAAAUACUUCCCCGUGAACUUCUACGACCACGACAACAUCCUCGCCAUCAACCCGAACAUCAUCCCCCACCCACACUACAACGACACCUGGAUUGCCGUUGCGCAGAAGUUUGACCGCGACAGGCCAUACGUAUCAGGAUGGUCAGAAGAGCUAGUAUGCAACGCGCAAUUCGUGGCGGGUGGGAACUUAAGCUGUAACUUGGACACACGCGGCACAUUGACAGUACCUGCGACCUUCAGCCCAAACUGCCACGACAAGCUCAUGGCCUUGAACUUGAACAUCGGCCCCCACGAUGCGCGUGUUGCCUACGGUCCAGACUACCCUUACCUCGUCUACGGCUCGCAAUCCCACUACGCCUGCUUCGGGCAAUGGGCACAAGACUUCCGCCUCCUGAUGGACUGGGGCCUCUAUCGCGGCAACGACUCCGGAAUGGACCCCUUCCAAGUCCCCACCGAAAUCCAACGCCCUCCACCCUGGGGCAACAUGGAGAAGAACUUCUACUUCUUCUGGGACUUCAACAAAACCAUGUACGUCCACCACGACACCGCCCCGCAACGCGUCUUCGCCAAAGUCGAGCCCGACGGCUCCGUCGGUCCAGAUCUCUCAGAACAUGCUCGACCCAGCGACAGCUUCUGCUGGAAGAAACACACAGGCCUCAACCCCCUCCCGGACCCCUCCGUCACGAAAGCCUCAAUCCACCAAGCGAGCAACAGCCUCUCCAUCACCAUGUGCAACCGCGGCGAAUGCUUCCCCAACGCCACGAACACCUUUAUCAUCGAGAUAUUCCAGCAAAAGAUCUCCAACGGCGGACCGAUGCAUGCGCGCUACGAGCCGUUUGUGACGAUGUUUCAGCGCGAGGCGCCGUUUCAGAUGCAUGCUAUCUCGGAGAAGCCGCUCUGGAUUAGGGGACGGAAUUCGCUGACGGAGAUGUUGUAUGUGACGAGUAUUAGCUGGAAGGCUAAGGACAUGAAGUAUGAGGGAUUUUUGGACGAUGAGAUGUUUGUGAAUUUUGGGAUUGAGGAUUCGAGGACGGCGAGUAUUGAUGUGCUGGCGGGCGAUCUGGUGGGUGGGAAUUUGAUGUUGUGUGAUGUAGCGUAA